AUGGAGUUGCAGGGCAGGGAUAAAACAGUCUCAGAACUUGUGGAGAAACUUCAUGCUUUUCUAAGAAAGCUCUCACUCUUCUCUGCUGAUCUUUGUCCUGGGAAGAUGCUCCACUUCCCCAUAUUAAGGAAAUCUGGUCUGCAAAUUACUGAGGUGAUGUCAGGCUUUAUUGACUCACUGAAAAACAACUUUUCCACCAGGUUUGAUGAUUUCAGCAUCUCCAGCGAAGUGGUGAGAUAUGUUAAGGACCCUUUCUGUGUGAAUGUUGAGACAGACUUUGCAUUGAAAGGAAAGGAGCUAGUACCAUCAUUGGAUGAAGGUUUUUUACAACUGGAACUCAUUGACAUUCAGUCGUCAGAUGACUUGCGACAGCAUUUACGGCUGAGAACCAGAACCCAAGCCCCCCAGCAGAGGCCCCACCCCUGCACCCGAGCGGGCCAGACAGCCCGGUGGUCAGCCCACAACCCGGUGGUCAGCCCACACCCCGGUGGUCAGGCCACCUCCCAGUGGUCAGCCCACACCCUGGCCCCACUGACUCAGUUCCCCAAGAGCCAUGGCGUGUCAAAAGACAGAAAACCCCAGAGCCAGAUCCCACCACAGCCACAGUCAUCCAACACUCCUGGUCAUUACACGCCGUAUCGACUGGCUGACCAACCGCUGGCAGGAGAAGCCCCAAACGGACAGAAUGAAUGCAUCAAAGGGCCCUUUUCCAUCCUCCAGUUUUAUGUCGUGAUGAAGAACAACGUGACCGGUCUUCAUGAGCCCUCUGCUCUGUCCAAGCAGCGACUCCACAUUUCUCUACUCACCCUCCUUCAGAGGGAUUACAGCUUCCUGAGAGACAUCAACAUCUGGCAUCCCUUCGUCACCGUGGGGGUUUAUUCCUCCACGCUCUCCGCCGCCAUGAGCAACCUGAUCGGAGCCUCCCGGAUCCUGUACGCCCUGGCCAGGGAUGACCUAUUCGGUGGGUAG